UUGAUAGGUAUACAAGUUAUUCCCCUUGACUGGAACUCUUCCGCUUCUCUCUGUUUCAACAUGACAGGAUUGUCGUAUUGACUGCUGGGUAAACAAUCGGAGAAAACAACACAGCAACAUGAAUAUUUUUAUCUCAGGCUUUGCCUUACUAAGCGUACUGUGUGCAGUGUUGUUUAUUUACACCAGGACAGCUUUGACAACAAUAAGCGAUGCGGCCUUCAAAAACUUCCAACGUGUGUACCUGGUCGUCUAUCUGCUCGCCAUGGCGGGUGACUGGUUACAGGGCCCCCAUGUGUACGCCCUCUACGACAGCUAUGGAAUGUCCUCCCACCAAAUCGAGGUGCUGUUUGUGGCGGGGUUCGGAUCCAGCAUGAUCUUCGGGACAGUGGUCGGAUCUUUCGCUGACAGAUAUGGUAGAAGAGCUAACACCAUCUUGUAUGGAAUUUUAUAUGGAGGAGCAUGUAUUACAAAGCACUUCAACAACUUCUACAUCCUGAUGUUGGGGCGAUUGCUGGGAGGAAUAGCUACCUCCAUCCUGUACAGUGCUUUUGAGUCCUGGAUGAUCUAUGAACACCACAAGAGAGGAUUUGAUCAGGAAUCUCUGGGAAACAUUUUCAGCAAUGCUGUGUUGGGGAACUCCCUUGUAGCCAUUCUAGCUGGUCUAGUGGCUCAAACCUUCGCAGACAACUUUGGAUUUGUUGCCCCAUUUGACGUUUCCUUGGCUGUCUUGACAUUAAUGACCAUUAUAAUUGUGUUCACCUGGAGUGAAAAUUUUGGCGACAAGACAGGGAACUGGAAACAGAACUUCAGCAAUGCUCUAUCUGCUAUACGCAAUGACACUAAGAUCCUGUGCCUGGGUCUGAUCCAGUCCCUGUUUGAGGGAUCCAUGUACAUUUUCGUGCUGGAGUGGACCCCCGCCCUCACCCCUAAGAGUACCUCCACAGAAAAACAAGAAUCCAUUCCUCAUGGACACAUCUUUGCAGCAUUUAUGGUCUCAAUAAUGAUAGGUUCAUCAAUAUUCAAGCUGUUAUCCAAGUACACCAAUGUAGAGUCCUUCAUGAGGAUAGUGUUGUUCACUGCAGCUGUUUCUUUAACCACACCAAUUAUAUUCAAAGGAAACCAGGUGGUAGUGUUUGCUGGUUUCCUGGUGUUUGAAUGCUGUGUGGGUAUUUUCUGGCCGUCCCUGGGACAGAUGAGGGGAAAAUAUGUCCCUGACGACCUGCGAUCCACCAUAAUGAAUUUUUUCCGUGUCCCAUUGAACAUGAUCGUCGUUGUGAUAUUGUUACAAAACCUGCAGAUGAAGGUGAUCUUUGAGUGCUGUGUGGCCUUCCUGAUGUUGGCCACAGUCUGCCAGCAGUGGCUCUUCAGCAUGGCUAAAGAACAAACAACCACACAAAGGGGAAUAAUCCAUGCUUGAUCAUAACUCAGAAAUCCACAGUGUGCCGCUCAGCUCAAAUAUCUCAGCCAAUGGAAACCAAGAAAUCUCCCUUACCAAAGGAAGCGGAGGCCUUGCUGACAGAGAGUGAGAGCAUGGCCUGAACCAAUCAGCUUUGACCUUACAGCUAGAGCGAGCCAAUGGCAAUGUUUGAUAGAAAAAAUCCCUAAUUUUUUAAAAAUUGUAUACUUUGAUACAUAUAGUUAUUUUGGAUACAGCUGAAUUGGUUUAUUUGUUAAUUAGGAGCUCAUUUUGUAUUUAAUUUUUAACAAUUUGAAAAUUAUAACCUAUGGAAGUUAAAACAAGUUCAAAUAGAGGAUUCUUCAUAUUUUGAUCUUUAAAGAACCUUAUUCCAAUAAAUCAAGUACAUGUAUUACUAAAUAAAUGAUGGCUUGAUUGAUUGGUGGAAAAAAUGGCAAAAUAUUUAAUAUUUUAAUUUUAUUAUUGAAUCCUUUUUCUAAAAAAGGAAGUGUAAUGUUUAACUUUCCAAAAAUCAACAUGGGAAUAUCAUACAAAAUGCGCAUUUUAUUUUUACAACUUUUAUUGAUAAAAAAGAAAAUCAGUCAUGUAUAUUUAUUGUAAAAUUACUUUGUUUUUUUUUUCUACUUAGACGCUUUUUUACUGAUAUAAGAUGUAUUUGUGCAAUCUACUUGUUUAAAGUUUGUGAUAUUGAAGUCUUACUACAUCACAUUUCCAUUAGUUAUAGAAAAAAUUGUUCAUUUGUUAAUGGAGUAAAAUUGUGUCCAUCAUUGAGGUCAAACCACGAAUCUCAGAUAAUACAGAGCCACAUUGAUUUCAGUUGUAAGUCAUUCCAUCAAAUUAGAAUGAUUUGUGCGAGUGUUUUUAUAUGUAGAGAACGUGAUAACAAUAUUGUAGUUAGAAUCAUGUUGACUUUUUGUGUUGGAGUGUGAUAACAGUUAUCUUAGUGAAUUACUACAAGUAAGAAUUAACAGUUGUACGAUUUGUUCUGGGAGAAGCUAUUUCUGGAUUUUAUUGAUAAUCAGAUUUUGGUGUUUGUUAUUUCUAAAUGUUUGAGGAGAACUCCUGUUUUGUAUGAAUGCAUUGCUGUGUAUGAAAUGAUACGUAUGGACUAAUGUUCAUUUUACUCGGUAAUUCUGUAAACCUUUGGCUUGAUAUAUUGACAGGGUAAAAGUCCUGGCCAAAGUGAUCAGGUCUAUAUUAUCAUUCAUCUGACAAUGGAAUCAAUUCUGUAUGUGUGCUUACCAAGUAUGAUGAAAAUCAGAUCCUUGGAUCCGCUCCUUUAGAUCGUUACUACACAGAUCUAUGUGAGCGGAUCCAAGGUGCUGAUUUUAAUCAGACUGUGUGCUUACAGUACCAUAAUCCCAAUAAUGUAUCAGUAUGCAUAAUCUUUCAUAUUAAAUAUAAACAUUCAUAGUUCGUAUUAUUGAUUAUACAUGUAUGUACAAGUAUUAGUAUUUUACAUGCAUCUGAUGCAAAAUUCAAAUACACAUGUAAAUUUGUAAUAUUGGGCUCAAUCACACAGGUACCCAGGUUAACGAAUGAGCUCAACUACUGUUGAAAAUAUUUAGAUGUAUGUUAUACAUCAUCACAAGCAAAAAUCUUGAAUAAUGAUCACACAAAACAUAAGAGUCAAUAUUGAAAAUUCUUAUUCAGACUGAAGUAAUUAACAAUAUGUUGUGUUUGCUGAAUUUUUUGUGUAGGGUACAUGAUAUGUAAUUAAAUUAAAUAAAAUUACACACCUAUAUUACUAAAAUUCACUCUGUCAUGUUGUAAAUUUUGAUUGACAUAAAUUUAGUAAAUCAAAGAAAAAUUAUUUGUAACCCAGCACUACUUACAAAAUCAACCUCCGGAGCUGUCUGUUAAAAUGUCUCCCUGAGUUUUCCGACUGUCGUCCUAUCGGGACCAAUGUACAGGUAACAACAAUAAGGACUCAUGUAUAGAGGGUUUAUUUUAAUCUGUAUAUGUAGAAGUUGAGCUCUUUCAUAACCCGGCAUAUAUAAAAAGUAUUGUGCAAUUUACAAGUGACUGAACUAUUAAUAAAUUACCAUUAUUAAAUGGUCAAGCAGAGAAAUUCACUGUCAACUGUAAAUAUUUAUUAUUCAGCAAUGAAUUUAAACAUGUUUUUCAUACAUAUCUGAGUGUAUUCUGAUGGUGUCACAAAGGGGUCAAAUGUUUAGAAUUAAUUACGUAAACGAAGCUAUUUUGAUUAGUAUGUUUUGUUUAUGUAUUAUCUUCACUUGUUUGUAUUUUGUUAAGUUCAUUGUCAGUUCUAUGUACCGGUAUUCACUUGUUUGUACAUUAUUUGAGUUCAUUGUCGGGUUUGUCCUUUCUUUAAUGAAAAAACGGACACCUGUUAAUUAAUGUACAUGGGUUUGUAAAUCUGUUAGUCUCCAGAUCAUAUGUUUUAAUAAACACAUAUAACCAUUGA